UGGGGGCGGCGCGGAGAGCGGAGAGCGGCCCGGGUCCCUCCUGCGCCCGCGGCCCGGACGCGCGCCGGCGACCAGGAAGCGCCUGCACGGCGCGGGGCGGCCGGCAUGGCGGGAGCGGCGUGGGGGCCGCCGCGCGUGGACGGCUUCAUCCUCACCGAGCGCCUGGGCAGCGGCACGUACGCCACGGUGUACAAGGCCUACGCCAAGAAGGAUACUCGUGAGGUAGUAGCCAUAAAGUGUGUGGCCAAGAAAAGUCUGAACAAGGCAUCGGUGGAAAACCUCCUGACCGAGAUCGAGAUCCUGAAGGGCAUUCGACACCCCCACAUUGUGCAGCUGAAGGACUUCCAGUGGGACAGCGACAACAUCUACCUCAUCAUGGAGUUCUGUGCAGGGGGCGACCUGUCUCGCUUCAUCCAUACCCGCAGGAUUCUGCCUGAGAAGGUGGCUCGUGUCUUCAUGCAGCAAUUGGCCAGUGCCCUGCAGUUUCUGCAUGAACGGAAUAUCUCUCACCUGGAUCUGAAGCCACAGAACAUUCUGCUGAGCUCCUUGGAGAAGCCCCACCUGAAACUGGCAGACUUUGGCUUUGCCCAGCACAUGUCCCCAUGGGAUGAGAAGCACGUGCUCCGUGGCUCCCCUCUCUACAUGGCCCCCGAGAUGGUGUGUCAGCGACAGUACGACGCCCGCGUGGACCUCUGGUCCGUGGGGGUCAUCUUAUAUGAAGCCCUCUUCGGGCAGCCCCCCUUUGCCUCCAGGUCCUUCUCAGAGCUGGAGGAGAAGAUCCGCAGCAGCCGGGUCGUCGAGCUCCCCCUGCGGCCCUUGCUGUCCCAAGACUGCCGGGACCUGCUGCAGCGGCUCCUGGAGCGGGACCCCAGCCGUCGCAUCUCCUUCGAGGACUUCUUUGCCCACCCCUGGGUGGAUCUGGAGCACAUGCCCAGUGGGGAGAGCCUGGCACAAGCAACCGCCCUGGUGGUGCAGGCUGUGAAGAAGGACCAGGAGGGGGACGCGGCGGCCGCUUUGUCCCUCUACUGCAAGGCUCUGGACUUCUUCGUGCCCGCCCUGCACUAUGAAGUGGAUGCCCAGCGGAAGGAGGCGAUUAAGGCAAAGGUGGGGCAGUAUGUGUCCCGGGCUGAGGAGCUCAAGGCCAUCGUCUCCUCCUCCAAUCGGGCCCUGCUCAGGCAGGGGACCUCUGCGCGAGACCUGCUCAGAGAGAUGGCCCGGGACAAGCCACGCCUCUCAGCUGCCCUGGAAGUGGCUUCGGCUGCCAUGGCCAAGGAGGAGGAAGCUGGUGGGGAGCAGGACGCCCUGGACCUAUACCAGCACAGCCUGGGGGAGCUGCUGCUGCUGCUGGCAGCGGAGCCCUCAGGUCGGAGGCGGGAGCUGCUUCAUACCGAGGUGCAGAGCCUCAUGGCCCGGGCUGAAUGCCUGAAGGAGCAGGUCAAGAUGCGGGAGUCUCGCUGGGAGGCAGAGACCAUGGACAGAGAGGGGCUGUCAGAGUCUGUUCGUAGCUCGUGUACCCUCCAGUGACCCCAGAGGACAGCAGGACAGACCACGAGCCACCUGGAGUGGAGGGGUGACCAACCCAGGCUGAUGCCCCAAAUUAAGUGGCCCUCUGCAACCCUGGGGAGCAGGCUUCCUGGAUGGACAGCUCUGGGACCCCCACGUCCCGAGUCCCCAGCCUCCCUCGGGUUACUGUGCGCCUCACAGAGGGACUGACCGCCCAUGCCAUGUGCUGGGAGCCCUGGGCCUGGCCCCAGGGCCAGGGGCAGGACUCUGGGAGAACAGUGUUUCAUGAGGCCUUCCUUCCUUGGUGGUUGCUGGUCCCGUGCCUGUUGAUUGCGGGCAUGAAGCCGUCUAUCACUUUUUGCUCUGAGAAGAGGGCAAGGGCCCCUGCAGGGCACGCCUGCUCUUGCCCUCUCCCGGCCAGCAGGCACCCGGGCCCUGGGCCCAACCCUUUCUAGGAGCCCUUAUUCCAACUCACCUCCCUCCUUGCACUGGAAUGGGACAUUCCAAGACUCCUCAGGGACCACCCAGCUCACAGUAUGUACCCAGCCCCACAGAACUCGCCAGUCUUCUGCGAGCUCACAUCUGCCCACCAUCUCAGUACUCUAACUUAAUCCUUCAAGCAUGACCGGAAUACCCUUUCUAGGGGUAGGGCAAAUUUGGGAAGCCCAGCCUUGUUCCUGCCCUGGCCUGGGGAAUACAGGGGAGGGGUCCUCAGUCCUCAUCCCUCCCACCUCCAUCCCUCUCUGGGAACACACGGACCUAGCUGAAGAGCGGCCUUGUGCUGGAGUUGGGCCCGGGAGGGGAGGCUUGGGGACUGCCAUCAGGCUGCAGGGGCCCCAGUCCAGGAUACCCAGUUCUAGGCCUGACACUGUCACCACCCCAGUGUGUGAUCCUGGGCAAGCCCCUUCCCCUUUCUGGGCCUGGGCCUCCCGUCUCUGCGUGGGGGCUGCUGUAGCCCACAGCCCACAGCAGGGCGCUUCAGAGGACAGAGCGAAUUGAACCUGGAGGAGAAUGCACACGCCUGCAGUUACUUGAGGGUGUCUUUCCAAUAAUCAGAGAGGGUGUUGGUGAUUUCUAACCCUUCUGUCCUUAAAUGCCUCCCUACAAGGA